UGUGAGCAAAUGGAUAAACUACAGCAGAUGAAAGACACCCUCCAGCUUAGUAUUGAAAGACAUAAAGACGACCUGUACAGUUUAAGUCGGGACAUUUGGAGCCGACCAGAACUGGCUGGAGAAGAGACGCAUGCGCACGACAGGCUGGUCAGCUUCUUCUCUCAGGACGAAGCAUGGACGGUAGAAAGUCACUUCAAAAUGCAUACCGCUUUUCGUGCCAGCUGGGGCCCGGUGGGCGGCAGGGAGGGUGAGUCGGUGCUGAACGUGGGGUUCCUGUGCGAGUACGACGCACUGCCGGGUAUCGGGCACGCAUGCGGGCACAACCUGAUAGCAGAGGUGGGAGCUGCCGCCGCCUUGGGGCUGAAAGCUGCCCUAUCAGAAAACCACACUGAACUCCCUGCCCCGGUGAAGAUAACUGUUAUUGGAACUCCUGCAGAGGAGGAUAUAGGAGGAAAGAUUCUCCUACAGAAGGCAGGGGCCUUCUCUGACCUCCACCUCAUCUUCAUGGCUCAUCCAGCUCAGCAAGACACUUCUUUCCAGCCCUGCGUAGCACUAGAUGAGGUGUCAGUAAAGUACCAUGGGAAGGCGUCACAUGCUGCUGCGUACCCUUGGGAGGGAGUGAACGCGCUGGAUGCUGCUGUGCUGGCCUACAGCAACCUCUCUGCUCUGAGACAGCAGCUCAAACCAGAAUGGAGGCUCCACGGCAUCAUUAAACAUGGCGGGGUGAAGCCCAACAUCAUCCCUGACUUCACUGAGUUACAGUUUUAUCUGCGCACCCCGUUGGCAAAGGAUCUUUGUGUCCUGAAGGGAAAGGCUGAGGCUUGCUUCAGGGCGGCCGCAGUCGCCACAGGCUGCAAAGUGGAGAUAACGUACCCGAGUCUCGAAUACCAUAACAUUCUGCCUAAUGCCACACUUGCAAACCUGUAUGAAAAUAAUGGAAAAGCUUUGGGGAUUCAGUUUCCAGAGCAGCCAGACAACUUUUCUGGUUCAACUGACUUUGGCAACAUUUCAUUCAUUGUUCCUGGAAUCCAUCCUUUCUUCUACAUCUGCACUGAUGCGUUUAAUCACACGGAGGAAUACACAGAAGCAGCAGGAGCUGAGAAGGCCCAGUUGUUCACCCUGAGGACAGCCAAAGCUCUGGCUAUGACAGCUGUGGAUGUAGUUUGCUGUCCUGAUCUGCUGAGCCAAGUGAGAGAGGACUUCAGGCUGGCCAAGCUGCAACAGGAGAGAUGACAAGAAGUCAGCAAAACAGCUUCGACAGUUCCAAAAAUACAAUGAAUAAAUUGUCUUACUCUGCAGAUAACACUGGCAUGUUGACAGUUAUGAUGAUCAAUGUGCUCUUUUCAUAAAAAAAAGAAAUACAUUUAAAUAAAUGUUUUAUAGCUGA